CCUAACUAAUGCUGCUACUACAAAUAAUAAUAAUUAUGAUAAUAAUAAUGAUGAUGAUAAUGAUAUUAUAUUAUCCACAGUUCUUUGAGAAUAUCAUGGCCCAGACUAUCCUCAAUGGAUUUCCCAGCAUGGACACUUUAUUUUUCCUGAGUGGCUUCUUACUGUCUUACAAUGUCCUCAAGCAAACCAAAAGAACCAAAUCCUUUAAUUUCAGCUUUCUUUAUAAAUUUGAUAUUGCUACUGUGAUGCACUUCUUUGUAUCUGGCCCAUGGUCAUAUAUAUGGAAUAUGUAUUGGCAACCCAUGUGUGCCAAAAACUGGUGGAAGGAUGUCACCUUUAUCAAUAAUUUCAAUGGUGGAUCAUGCCUAGGACAAACUUGGUACAUUGCAGCUGACAUGCAAAUGUACUUGGUGGCGCCUCUUGUCAUUCUUCCCAUUUAUUACUACAGUGCCGUUGGUCAGUAUGUGACUGUGUUAGAGCAAGGCUUGACUCCUGCUCCUGACGGCUGCAUCCACCAUCAUCCCUGCCAUCAUUUAUGUCAAAGACCUUCCUCCAACCCUAUUAUCAGCCUCUUGGGAGUGAGUACACCAGUUCAAACUCUCAACGAUAUAUACUUUGACCUAGUGUACUAUCCCUCUUGGACCCGUGCAAGCCCUUGGUUGGUUGGGAUUUGGGUGGGGUACAUUUUCUUCAGGCAAGGCAACAUAAAAUACAAGAUGAGUGCUCUGGUAGUGACACUGGGAUGGACACUUGCUGCCAUCACAGGCCUCCUGGUGGUGUUUGGCAUCUACAGCUACAACCACUUCAUAUCACCAUCACCUCAUGAAGUGAUGUCACACUUGACGUAUGGUGGCUUGCACCGGCUGGCCUGGGGCGCUGUACUAGGCUGGGUGGUGUUUGCAUGCCACAAUGGUUAUGGAGGUGUGGUGAAUGGAUUCCUGUCUCAUCCGGUGUGGCAGCCAGUCAGCCGCCUCACAUAUGCUACCUACCUAGUAGCUUUCCUUAUGCAGUACUUGCUGUUCUACAACUCUCGAGAUGUGUACUACUUCACCCACAUCAACACGAUCUUCUCAACGGUGGGUGCUGUGGUCAUUGCUAUUGGUGCUGCUGUGUUGCUGUCCCUCAUGGCUGAGUCCCCUAUUGUUGGCUUAGAGAAACUAUUGCUCAGACCAAUACCUACCAAUGGUGUCUCCAACCCUGUAUUCAUGACAGAGAACAGUAUAACAGCAGAGAAGAGUCUUGAAGCCUCUGAAACAGUGACAUCAUUAUAG